AUGAAAGAAAACAAUCUGUUAGUAUGAAACUUUAUCUAAUAGGAAAUAGAUUAAAUAAAAAAAGAAAAAGAUAAAUAAAAAUAAAAAUAUUGUUAUUAAUAAUAGUAAUUAAUUUCUAACAAUUACCGAAACAAGGACAAAAAACUAUUAAUUGUAUUUAUUCAGUUACAUUUAUAUUAUGUAAUUUAUUUUGAUAUACAUUAUCUAAGAAUGAUACUGCGACCUUUCUCUCAAGUAUGGCCGAUAAACCUACAGACAUUCCGUCACAAAUAUUUCUGAGCUGCGUUUCACGUUCGUCUUGUGAAGACAACAGUUUGUACAAGGAGAACGUGUUGUUUGUUCAGAUAAGUCACUAUGCAGGAAUUAAUUGGAGAUGUCGCAAAGAAAUUACAUACUGGCAGGAGUCGGAAUGAUCAAACGAUAACGGACAUGAAAUUAUGGCUUCGGAGAUCUAUAGACGUUCUCGUCGACCGAGCCGAGAAUGACAUCGAAAUUAUUAUUCCUGGCUACACGCACUUACAACGUGCCCAGCCGAUAAAAUGGAGUCAAUGGUUGCUUAGUUACGCGUGGUAUGCGAAAACGGACGUGGAGAGAUUGCAAGAGUUACGAAGAAGAGUAAAUGUGUUGCCUCUGGGCAGUGGCGCCAUAGCGGGGAAUCCCUUCCAAAUUGAUCGACGUUUCUUGGCCAGCGAAUUGAAUUUCUCUGAAAUAACAGAAAAUAGCAUGUACGCUGUAGGUGACAGAGAUUUUGUCGCCGAGUUCCUCUUUUGGUCCUCAUUAACGGCGAUCCAUCUGAGUCGUCUUUGCGAGGAUCUGAUCAUUUAUAGUAGCAAGGAAUUCGAUUUCGUGAGAUUAGCCGAACAAUUUUCAACGGGUAGCAGCCUGAUGCCUCAGAAACGUAAUCCUGAUUGUAUGGAGUUGAUUCGAGGGAAAACUGGCACACUCCUCGGAAAAUGCAUGGGUUUCAUGACUACUUUAAAAGGAAUUCCGUCCACAUACAACAAGGAUCUUCAGGAAGAUAAGGAAGCUUUGUUCACGUCGGUCGAUGUUUUAAAUUGCAUGUUUGUUAUUAUCACGGGAGCGUUGGAAACGCUUAAGGUGAAUAACAGGAAGUGUGCGGAAGCUCUAUCAUCUGAUAUGUUGGCGACGGAUAUGGCAUAUUAUCUCGUACGAAAAGGGCGAAAAGUUCGAUGAAGACGUGAUGCAACUUUGGGAUUUCUGCAACAGCGUUGAACAGUACAAGGUAACAGGUGGGACCAGUACAUCAGCAAUAAUUGGACAAAUCAGCAAUCUUCGAGCUUGGUUGCAGCAAGCUAAUUCCGCCUGA